AUGAGUGGCGCGACGAGAGAUUUCAAGCUGGGUGCUGUCCUGCAAGGCCAUAAAAGUGAUGUUCGGGCCGUCCUACUCCCUGAUCCCUCUUUUGCAGUAACAGCAUCUCGCGAUGGCUCAACGAGAGUCUGGAAGCGAACAUCCACUUCCCCACCGACCUACGACGAUACCGAAUCAUCCCACGGCGCACAGUUCAAGACCUGUCUUGCUUAUAUCCCUCCUUCGAAAGAGUACGAGGACGGUCUGAUUCUUUCGUCAGGCCAAGAUGCGCUCAUUGAAGCUCGGCAGCCAUCGUCAACAGCCGACAUGAACGCAGAUGCUUUUAUGGUAGGACACAGCAAUCAGGUGUGCUCGAUAGAUGUGUGCGCGAUAGCGAAUUACUUUGUGAGUGGCAGUUGGGAUGCUACUGCAAAAGUCUGGGAGAUUGGCAGAUGGGAAGUCGCUUAUGACCUGACGGGUCACACAGCCACGGUUUGGGCGGUGCUCGCUUUUAGCAGAGACACAAUCGUCACCGGCUGUGCUGACCGUGCAAUCCGAGUCUUCGACGUACGGGGCAAGAUGGUAAAUUCUUGGGAUGGUCAGGACAUUGUUCGCGCUCUGGCAAAGCUGCCCAAAGGUCACUACACUGGUGCUGAAAUUGCUGCCGCGACAAAUGAUGGCAUCAUCCGUCUCUGGACCUUGAAGGGCGAGCUCAUUGCCUCUUUGAUUGGCCAUGACUCUUUUAUAUACUCCCUGGCCGUCCUUCCUUCAGGCCAAAUUGCCAGCGCUGGAGAAGAUCGAUCCGUCCGCAUCUGGGAGGGGCAGAACUGCAUUCAGGUUAUUACGUUACCUGCAAUUUCCAUCUGGACUGUGUCUUCCUGUUCAAAUGGCGAUAUCAUCGUCGGUUCAAGCGACCACGUGGCACGCAUAUUCACCCGCAGCCAGGAGAGGGUGGCCAAUGCGGAGACUCUUGCUGCUUUCGAGGAGUCUCUUCAAGCAUCUAGCAUUCCCCAACAGACAGUCGGGCAAAUCAACAUGACAGAUCUCCCUGGUCCUGAUUUCCUCCAACGAAAAUCUGGCACCAAAGAAGGUCAGAAUCAGAUCAUCAAAGAAGAUGAUGGCAGUGCCUGUCUGUAUCAAUGGUCCAUGUCCCAGCAGCAGUGGCUCAAAAUCGGUCAGGUUGUGGAUUCUGCUGCCUCGAGUGGGAAGACGGCAUACAAUGGUAAAGAAUACGACUAUGUGUUUGACAUUGACAUUGAGGAUGGGAAACCUUCACUGAAGCUGCCAUACAAUGUCACCCAGAACCCUUACGAGGCAGCCACGAAGUUCCUUCAAGACCAUGAACUUCCCUUGUCCUACCUCGAAGAGACGGCAAACUUUAUCAUCAAAAACACCCAGGGUGCUACCCUUGGACAAUCAGCGCCCGCAGGAGCUGAUCCCUGGGGUACGGAGAAACGAUACAGACCUGGCGAUGCCCCGUCCUCCUCAUAUCAGCCGCCACCAGCUGCGCCUGUCAAGCGAACCCUGCCUCAAAAGGAGUACCUUCCUGUCGUUAUUGGGAAGCCCUCUGCGGCUAUGGCGCAAAUCAACAAGAAAAACACCGAAUAUGCGGGCCACGAAAUGAGUCUUCAACCCGAAGAAGUCCAAGCACUAACAGAUGUCGCUCAACAGCUAGCGAAAUACAACUUCUCAAGCCCUCCAUCACUACCUGGCUCUCCCUCCCUCAGAUCCUCCAUUCCCGCCCUAAUGAAGAUAGCCACGCAAUGGCAACCGCCUGCAAACCGCCUUGCGGGUCUAGAUCUUCUCCGCUUCAUUGCCGCCGCAGCGAAGGACUUUCCGGCCGAAGAGGUUGAUGGUGUCGAUGCGGUUGCGGGGAUUCUUGGAAGUGGCAUCUUCGAUGACUCCUUCGUCCGCGCGAACAACAAACUAGCCAUGGUUGCCAUGCGGUUCUUUUGCAAUCUUCUGUAUGGUUCACCUGGCGGAAGGGAAAUUGUGAAGGAAAACGUUGACAACAUCAUUGAGAGCCUCAAACCACUUACUCAAUUCGCCUCUUCCGAUGUUUCAGUGGCCAUAGCGCUCACGACUCUAUAUCUUAAUAUUGCUGUUCUAACCACCUCUUCCACUGCUCCCAGCGACGCCGACAAGAACGCAAAUUACGCCCUCGACCUGUUAGGAGAGCUUUCCAAACUCCUUCUUUCUUUCCCUGCAGUGAAUCACUCUUCGUCCUCCAGUAAUCCUGCUUCGCAAUCCACGGAACCGGCAUAUCGCUCUCUCGUGGCAUUAGGGACCAUUCUAGUCGGAUUUUCGCGCGCGGAGUUGAAGUCUGCUGCGAAGGAGGUCUUUGAUGUUCCUGUGGUGUUGAGGAAGCUGAAGGAGGGGAGGUAUCUAGAAGAGCCCAGAUUCAAGGCAGUCGUCGGAGAGAUUGAGAGCGCCUUGAGAUAG